GUGCGCUCUGCCCGCAGUACUCCAGACUGUCCAAACUGUACGGCAUGGAGAUCUUCCUGAAGAAAGAGCAUCUGCAUUACACGGGUUCAGUGAAGGAAAGAGGAGCGCUGUACCUGCUGUCCUCUCUCAAACAGGAUCAGCAGAGGAAGGGUGUGAUCGUGGCCACAGACUGUAACUUCUCGAUGGCGGUGGCGUAUCACGCGGUGGAGCUGCGUAUCCCGGUGUUCGUCAUCAUGCCGGCGUACAGCUCUCCUCCGCGCCUGCGCAUGUACAGAGACUACGGCGCUAUGGUUAUUUCCUACGGCAGCACGGCCCGAGACUCCAUCAACCACGCCAGACACCUGGCCCGAGAGAACGGAUACCUGUGUCUGGAGGAGGACGACAGCGCCGUGUAUCUGGCAGGUCUGGGAACAGUGGGUCUGGAGAUCUACGAGCAGGUGCCCAAGCUGGACGCGGUCAUCGUGCCUGCGGGUGGACACUGUGGGCUCCUGACCGGAACCGCAGCUGCCAUCAAACACCUGAACCCUCGCAUCUCUGUCAUAGGCGUCGAACCGGAGGACUUUCCUCUUCUACUGCAGUCGCUCAAAACAGACUCUCCCAUUAAAGACCUCUACUGCAACCCCAACAAGAAACUCUACAGAGAUCUGGUGGAUCACUCUCUGGGAACACACUGCUUCCAGCUGGCCAAGAAAACAGUGGACAAAGUCAUCUCUGUCAGGUAUCUUAAAGAUCAUCGGCUCCAUUCAGUCCAGUAUCUACAGAAAAACUGUUUCAGGCUUCCUAUAACGUUUGACAUUCAUGCAUUUUGGCAGACGUGUUCAUCCAAAGCAUCUUACACUGCAUUCAAGGUUUGCACUUGAUCAGUUCAUGCAUUCCCUGGGAAUCGAACCAAAGAAACUAAAUUCUCUUGGAAUUUGUUUAAUACAAAUAACAUGCUCUAUUCUGCCCCAAGAACAGUUCUGAGUGACGAAAACUGCUGAGACUCUUCAACCGUAUCACACAUUUGCUCUGUUCCAAAACCUGGUUCUUAAUAUUAGAGCGUUGCAGGAUUCAACCGUAAAACACUUAAUGUGACAAUGUAUUAAGACAACCAAAUUCAGUGUACACCAUAAUUAUGGUGCAUACCAUAUACAACAAGCACAUGAACACAAAAUGCUUCACAUGCAAUUAAGCGUGCUUCUUAAAAAUGGGUUUCUAUGGAAAUGCUCACAUUUUAGUUCCAGGUGAAUUUGACCUGCAACACAUUUUUUAGUCGACGGACAUAC